GACGCGCAGACUGGUCAGAAAAUCAUCGGGUGGAUAGAGAAACGGAUUAGAACACCCUAGUGAAGAGGGGGAAGCAAGUAAUCCUAGAGCCGAGUCGCCAGCGUCGGGCGUAUAAGCAACAAUUUGCCCAAUUUUCGGUCAUGAGUUGUGACACGCUCUGCUCCAGCCUUGACAAAAGCCACUACUCGAAUUAAUGCAAUCUAACCACGCGCUGCAUAUCUGUCCCGGUAUAUUUUCCGCAGUACUCCUGCACGAGUGUUGACGUGGGCAGACUGUGGAUGAAAGGUGGGAAACCCGGGACGGAAGCGAGGCAAGUGAGCCGUCUUGUCUCGAGAGGUCCAAGGCUGGGCUCCUUCCGUCACUCCCUCCUGCACAUCUAGUCCCCCUCCUUCGACCGUCUCUUCCUCCUCCUGGGCUGUUAGCCCCCCCUCCCCUGUUCACUAUGCCCACCUGUCGCCGCAAGAAAGUCGUCCUCACGGAGCCCUCACCGGCCCUCCUGGAAGUAGUCAAGACCAACCCCACCAAAGAUGUCUUCUUUCUGCAGCAAACGGGCGAAAUUUUCGAGACAUACGAGGCAUAUGCUGCGCGGAUGUCGUUCUACCGCCAAAAGCAGUUCCAGUGCGACGUCACCGGCAAAAGCGGGCUCGACUACUUCCAGGCCGUCCAGAGUGAAAUGCAAGAAGCGCGCACCCUGCACUCUCGCUUUCCUGAAGCUCUCAAGGGAUCGGUCCUCAAAGCUGUUCAAUGGCAGGUUGUUGGACGACUGGAUCAUCUGGUUGAAGCUGUCUACGAACGAUUCAAAGACCGAUACUUCCCAUGCGAAAAGGUUCUCGUUGACCUGGCCGGAGUCAAGUAUCACGCUGAAAUCCGCAAAGUCUUCCCACCCAAAUACAACGACAAACCUGACGCACGCGAGGCAUUCAAAUCCGGCCAAGGGUGUUCAUCAUCAGAGCCGAUAGCGGUCGACGAGCCACCCCAUGCUAUCGUCGGUGAUCUCAAAGAGCCAGCCAAGGAGGCGAAUGCCAGAGACGAUCCAGCAUUGUACUACUACUGGGUGCACCUCUUCGAGCCUGAAAAGGACUCCAAGCAGAAAGCUGCCGCGAAGAAUGCCGAGCAGGAUCCUUCUGCUGUCGACAGUUUGCGUGAAGUUCAAUGCGGUGCGCUUAGCCGAGAUCGUCUGGCGUUCUCCAAAUCGAUAUUGAGGCGAUUCAUCCGUGAUUGUGUCGAUCGCGACCCCGCUGUCGCCUCACCGUGGACAGUGAAAACGCUUGUCGCUCAACGCUUUGGAGUGGAAUACCACAUGCCCGAGCAGACCAAGAAGAACGUGGAGACUGUGAAGAAAGGCGAAAGUGACAAGCGCAAGAAGGUCUGGGACGACAAAGAGCAACCGCCCACGAAGCGACAGAAGAAGCUCACAGCAGCGCAAGAAGAGAAAGCCGCUAAACGGGAGCGUGAAAAUGCUGAGAAGGCCGAAAAACAGAAAGCAGCAAAGGAAGAGGCUGAACGUCUAGCGGCCGAGAAGAAGAAGAGGAAACCGAUACGCUACCCUACUGAGGACCUUGACGUGCGAAUAACUGACAAGGAAAAGAAAGCUGGUGUCAAGGUCAAACGACCAGUGCCUAAUCGUAUUGCUCUUCCCUUCAACGAUAGUCCUGGUACAUUCGAAUCCUUCCUCAUGGCCUGGAACUUCCUCGUGGUGUUCGGGCAAGCUUUGAACUUGUCUCCAAUAACGCUCGACGAGUUUGAGCACGGAAUCCAGCACACUGUGGCAGAGGCUCCAUGUCCGAUGUUGGGCGAGAUUCAUGCCUCGCUUGUCUACAACUUACGGACAGUCCCGUUCAUUCGACACAGCGCAUUGCUCUCGCUGCUUGGGCAUAAUCGAGAGACUGGCAUGGACGAGAUCGUGUUCGGGAUUUCCUUGGACGAGCUGACCGCAGCAAUGGCUGAAGUUGGCAACAAUUGGGAGAGAGUCCCACUGCGACAUUCCGACAAUCGCAGUGGAUGGGAAGAUGCCCUUUUCGGCUGUCUGAAAGACCACGCGACUUUGACCAACUUUCCGACAAUUCGUCAGGUCUUGACGAGACUGUUAUUCGCCCCAGACCCCUCCUCUGAAGCAUGUCCUUCGUUGUUAACACCCACGCUUCAAGUGGUCUCGUCUCCAGCGGAAAGAUACCACUCUUUGCCUGCUGCUGACCGAAUCGCCAUCCUGUCAUUCAUGGCGAACCUUGCCACAUCGAGUAAAGCUGUCCAUGGUCAUUUGGAGCUGUGCGAGGAGCAGUUGACAGCAUUGCGAAAAGAAAAGAUUGAGGUCAAUCGGCUCAAAAAGCAAUAUGCUGAGGAAAUGAACGUUCUACGCGCGGAAAUGAAAGAGAACGGGGCAGAUGUGCCAGAGCCAGAAGUGGUGCUGCCUGACUCGAGCGAUCUUUCAGACGUUCCAGGAGAGGAGCCAGCACCCAAGAAAAUGAAGCCGACGAAACGAGACACAGCACGAGCGAAGCAAGCCUCGCUCAAGCAGGCCACGGCAGACCACAGGCGGUUAGACGAAGAGAUAAACAAGUUGGAGCGCCGACUCGAAGGCAUAGAGCGUGAUUUCCGCAAGCUUUUGUCCACUGUACGGGUCCGGCCUCUGGGGAAAGAUCGGUUCUUCAAUCGGGUCUGGUGGUUCGACGGCAUUGGCUCUGGCUCGCUGGUAAACAAUGGCGGCGUGAGCCAAUACGGAGCAGGGAGAGUCUUCAUCCAGGGCCCCAGCGAGCUGGACCUGGAACUGCUGAAGAACAGGACUGAGGAUAACGUCGAGGAGCGCCGUAAAGAAGAAGAAGGGAUCGAAGGCAUGCUGGGGCCUUCUGACUGGGCAGUGUUCUCCGACCAGGAGGAGUUGGAUGAGUUCAUGGCUUGGCUCAAUUCGAAAGGGAAUCGUGAAGUCGCAUUGAAGGGCUCCCUGACAAAAUGGUGGCCACACAUUCUUUCUGGAGUGAAACGUCGUAUGGCUGACAUCAAUGCUUCUGCCCGCCUGCCCGAAGCCCGACGCAGCACACGCGCCAAGGCUGCUUCAGGCUACGAUGUAUCGAGAGAACCUUAUAUGCUGUGGACAAAUCGGAAGGCCACAUCAGCACCAGCCCCUUGA